AUGCGGACGGCGAACCGCACUCUCCAGAUCUCCGCCCCCUCCGAGGACCCUCCCGCUGGCGGCGCCGCGCUGCCCAGCGACCCGCUCCGCCGCCUGGCCGAGACGGUGCCCUUGGACACACCGCAGAGGGCGCUGGUCGACGGGGCGCUGCGCCAUCUGGCGCAGGCGAUGUACUGCUCAGGCGAAGACCAGAGCGCCAUCGUCUGGCGGGAGUUGCCGACGGCGAGGAGGAGCAGCGGCGACGCGGGCGGCACCGCUGCACCCGGCGUGGCCGAGGGAGGCGCCGACACGGCCUGCUCGGCGAACUGCGGGGGUCAGAUGGCGUACGCGCGGCUGCCGUUCAGGAGAGCAGGAUUCUCAUCGCCAGCGUGGGGUCUAACUUGCGGGCCGAGAAGCGCAGAGUGGAGGGAGCGAAUCAAGUACAAGUCGUUCGAGGUAAUGCGCUGUCGGCACUCAGGACCGGCGAUGCAGUACGUGCUCAGGUCGUCGAUGCUAAAUUGGGUGCUCCAGUUCUGGAAGCUCAUCUUCUUCAAGGGGAGGCAGAGGAAGCGCAGGGGAGAGAUGGAGGUGUUCACCCACGCUUACCUGAGCCAGCCCUUCUCGGCCUGGAAGUGCGCCGUGUACGGGAGCAAGGACAGGCCCGUGGUCGGCGGCAACUGGAAGUGCAACCCCGAGAAGGCGGCCGACCUCGAUGGCCUCAUCGCCAACAUCCAGGCUUGCGACACUAGCAAGUGCGACGUGUACGUGUGCCCGUCUCCCCUGCACGUCUCGUAUUGCGUGGGCAAGUUCACCAAUGGCGCGGAGGUCACGCCGCAGAACUGCAACUUCAAGGGCUGUGGCGCCUUCACCGGAGAGAUGGCCGUCGAGCAGAUGAAGGACAUGGGCAUCAGCCAGGUGCUCAUUGGCCACUCCGAGCGCCGGGGCGAGAUCUUCCCGAUGGACGACAACACCACUCUUGCCACGAAGCUGAAGUACAUCCUGGACGCUGGUAUGAGCUGCGUCUUCUGCAUCGGCGAGCCGAAGGAUAUCCGCGAGAAGGGGCUGGACGCGGUACUGGAGGAGACGUGA